ACCUGUCUGGCUUCAUAAACUCAUUGUGGGAUCACUUCUGGCAACAGGCUCGUGUUUUCUUGAGUAUUUAAAAAUGUCAAAAAAAAAUCUUUUGAAAACAACCGUGUUAAACUAAACCUUUGCGGGAUGUACUUGGGGCGCUCCCCACACCCUGCGAGUCACUAGUGUCCCUCCCUGGUCUUCCCCUACUGUGGCCAAGCCUGUUUUCCGUGCCGGUGGCGGACUCCACAGCCCUCCAGCGUCGUGAACCUCCUGGCUUCUUGAUUUGUCAACCUGCUCAGCGCACGCCAAUCCCCUCCAGCCGCAGGCUUUCCACUGACAAGCGCUCCCCAGUCCAAACACCUGCUGCUGCUUAAGGGCCUUACCGAGUUCGUGGAAGAUGUGUGGGCGUGACAAGAGCUCCUAGGAGAGACAGAGGGACAGUCUGAAGCUGUGGGUGUGUCUCAAACUGUCUGGGGCUGGAGAGUCAGUGGGGGGAGAAUAACUAAUUAUUUGUAGUGGCUGGCCAUUCCGAGCGUGAUUCUCGGUAGGAGAAUGCGGUACUGGAGGCAGAGCUCAGGAGCACCGACCCCGGUGGAGUGAUAUAGGGGAAUCAGAAUCCGAUGGGCGACCCCGCAGGUGAGCUGCGGCUCAUAGCGGCCUUUCUUUUUCUCCUGGACCAAGUAGGAGAGAGGAAUGUCGCUCGCUGGAGCUCCUCUGCCGCUCCAGGUGCCUAUGUGGAGCUGCGGGUGGUGGUGGCCCAAAACUCUUAGCAGUAAGGCAACUCAGGUUGAGCAACCUUCCCUGCUGGAGAUUUAGUCUAGUCCUUCAGGAAGAGCCUCUGAUCCCAUUUAGGAGCAAUUUUAUCAUGGGCAUCUGGCAGGUUCCAGUGAGCUUUUUUUUUUUUUUUCAAACCUGCGUUAUUUACAAGGACGAGACUGGGCUGUUCCGUGGAGGCCGGGACGACUUCAGCUUUGAGUUAAUGGAUACAUAAUUGAGGAACAACGUGGAAUCAGUGUCAUCGUAAAUGAUCUAGUGCCUCAAGUUAAUUUCACCCGUGUUUGUUCCAAGAACAUUCAGGUCAGUCGUCUUGGCUAGUCAGCGCCCACCAAAAAGAUUUCUUUUCCAUCCAGCAUUUCAGACACAGACUUCAAGUUCUUGGCGCUCACAAGUUGCAGGAGCAUGUUUCACGUCUUGUCUUUUUUAAAAGGUAACACGUUAUUCCUUGUUUUGCUUCUAGGAAGCAGAAGGUUGAGGAAAUGACUUGGGCGGGUGCAUUUAUGCAGCCGAAAAAGACACAGGCUCCCUCCCCUGGGACCUGCGCGACUCGCACUCUUUCCGAAGGUGCCCUGGCAAAGCGUCCGGUUUUUUCGGACGCUCCGGGUCCCAGUGCCUUACGUGGAGGGUCUCUGGCGCCUUCCUUCGCCGUCUGGGGACACUCUGGCCUGGCCGGGUCAGAGACCGGCGGGACCGUUCGGGAGAGCGCCCGACUGCGCCUCGUUCCUCGGUGCCAGAGACACCGUUGCGGAGGCGCGGCCAGCUUCCCUAGGAUAAGACUUCCCGCCCCAGGGGCAGGGCGGUGCACUUAGCCGGUCCCCUCCUCAGUUUCGGGCAGUCCCCAGAGCUGAGUAAGCCUGGUGGAGGGAACCGGGCAAGGAUUUCCUGAGAGCGAUGGGCAGGAGGGGCGGGGACAGGAGGGCACGGAGCAAGAACCCUGAACCUGCGAACCUGCCGGGAGACCCGCGCUCCCAGCUCCUCCGCACGCGCGCUCCUGCUCCGGGCCACCCGCCCUCGCCGGCCCCCGCCCCUCCGGGAGGAAGAAGAGGAAUAUGGUUCAGGGUCAAAGUUAAAAGGCCCUGAACUGAGUUUAAAAGGCGCCCAGCACGUCAUGAGAGCCGGCCAGACUCUUUUUCUCAAGUGCAGAGGGGAGGCGGCCCACACGUGGUCUCUGCCUGCAACUGUGGGUAUGGAGGAGAAACGGCUGAGCGUCACUAGGUCUACCUGUGGGAGGAACCACAGACAGUUCUGCAGCACCUUGACCUUGGACAUGGCGCAGGCCAACCACACGGGCCUCUACACCUGCAGAUACCUCCCCAAAUCUGUGUCCAAGAAGAAGAAAAUGGAAUCUGCCAUCUACAUAUUUGUCAGUGAUGCAGAGAGUCCUUUCAUAGAGAUGCACAGUGACAUCCCUAAACUUGUGUACAUGAGGGAAGGACAAGAACUUAUCAUCCCCUGCCGAGUGACGUCACCCAACAUCACAGUCACCCUGAAAAAGUUUCCAGCUGAUACUCUGAUCCCUGAUGGAGAAAGGAUCACAUGGGACAGUACGAAAGGCUUUAUAAUAGCAAAUGCGACAUACAGAGAAAUAGGACUUCUGAACUGCGAAGCCACAGUCAACGGGCGCCUCUACCAGACAAACUAUUUGACCCAUCGGCAAACCAAUACAAUCCUAGAUGUCCGCAUAAGCCCUCCAAGCCCGGUGAGACUGCUCCGUGGCCAGACUCUUGUCCUCAACUGUACCACAACCACCGACCUGAACACGAGGGUGCAGAUGAGCUGGAAUUACCCUGGCAGAGCAACUAAGAGAGCUUCCAUAAGGCAACGGAUUGACCAAAGCAAUCCCCACAACAAUGUGUUCCACAGUGUUCUUAAGAUCACCAACGUGCAGAGCCAAGACAAGGGACUUUACACUUGCCGCGUGAAGAGUGGAUCGUCGUUUAGAUCUUUCAACAGCUCCGUGCAUGUGUACGGAAAGGGAUUCAUCAGCGUGAAGCAUCGGAAGCAGCAGGUGCAGGAAACCAUAGCGGGAAAGCGGUCCUAUCGGCUGUCCAUGAAAGUGAAGGCCUUCCCCUCGCCAGAAGUUGUAUGGUUGAAAGAUGGCUCGCCCGCCACGGAGAAGUCGGCUCGCUAUUCAGUGCACGGUUACUCACUGGUUAUCAAAGAUGUGACUACUGAGGAUGCAGGGUACUAUACAAUCCUGCUGGGCAUAAAGCAGUCAAACCUCUUUAAAAACCUCACUGCCACCCUGAUUGUAAAUGUGAAACCUCAGAUCUAUGAGAAGUCCGUGUCAUCCUACCCGAGCCCGGCUCUCUACAUGCUGGGCAGCAGACAGGUUCUCACUUGCACCGUGUAUGGAAUCCCUCAGCCUACAGUCGAGUGGCUCUGGCACCCCUGUCACCACAAUCGCUCCAAAGAAAGGUAUGACUUCUGUUCUGAGAGUGAAGGGUCCUUGAUCCUGGGUCCUGACAGCAACGUGGGAAACAGAAUUGAGAGCAUCACUCAGCGUAUGAUGGUCAUAGAAGGAACCAACAAGACGGUUAGCACCUUGGUGGUGGCGGACUCGAGAACUUCUGGAAUCUAUAGCUGCAAGGCCAUCAAUAAAAUAGGGACUGUGGAAAGAAACAUAAAAUUUUACGUCACAGAUGUCCCGAAUGGCUUCCACGUCUCCUUGGAAAAGAUGCCCACAGAAGGAGAGGACCUGAAAAUCUCCUGCACGGUCAACAAGUUCCUGUACAGAGACAUUACCUGGCUUCUACUCCGGACAGUUAAUAACAGAACCAUGCACCACAGCAUCAGCAAGCAGAAGAUGGCCACCACCCAAGAGUAUUCCAUCACUCUGAACCUUGUCAUCAAGAAUGUGUCCCUGGAAGAUUCAGGCACCUAUGCCUGCAGAGCCAGGAACAUAUACACAGGGGAAGAAAUCCUCCGGAAGACAGAAGUUCUCGUUAGAGACCAGAAGGCGCCGCACCUGCUGCAGAACCUCAGUGACCACAAGGUGUCCAUCAGCGGCUCCGCGACCUUAGACUGCCUAGCUAGCGGCGUCCCUGAGCCUCACAUCGCUUGGUUCAAAAACAACCACAAAAUACAGCAAGAACCUGGAAUUAUUUUAGGACCAGGAAACAGCACGCUGUUUAUCGAAAGAGUCACAGAAGAGGAUGAAGGUGUCUAUAGGUGCAGGGCCACCAACCAGAAGGGCUCCGUGGAAAGCUCAGCCUACCUCACCGUGCAAGGCUCCUCGGACAAGUCGAACCUGGAGCUGAUCACGCUCACGUGCACCUGUGUGGCUGCCACGCUCUUCUGGCUCCUUCUAACUCUCUUCAUCCGGAAGCUGAAACGGUCUCCUUCUGAAGUAAAGACGGACUACCUGUCAAUCAUAAUGGACCCCGAUGAAGUCCCCCUGGAUGAGCAGUGUGAACGGCUGCCCUAUGAUGCCAGCAAGUGGGAGUUUGCACGGGAAAGACUUAAACUAGGCAAAUCGCUCGGCAGAGGGGCCUUUGGGAAAGUGGUCCAAGCAUCUGCAUUCGGCAUUAAGAAGUCGCCCACCUGCCGGACUGUGGCUGUGAAGAUGUUAAAAGAGGGGGCCACGGCUAGCGAGUACAAGGCUCUCAUGACGGAACUCAAGAUCCUGACUCAUAUCGGCCACCAUCUGAACGUGGUCAACCUCCUGGGAGCCUGCACCAAGCAAGGAGGGCCGCUGAUGGUGAUCGUGGAGUACUGCCGAUACGGGAACCUGUCCAACUAUCUCAAGAGCAAACGCGACCUGUUCUUUCUCAACAAGGAUGCAGCCUUGCAUAUGGAGCCCAAGAAAGAAAGCCUGGAGCCAGGCCUGGAGCAGGACCAGAAACCUAGACUCCACAGUGUCAACAGCAGCGAGAGUGUCGCCAGCUCGGGCUUCCAGGAAGACAAAAGCGUAAGCGAUGCUGAAGAAGACCAGGAUUACAGUGAGAUCUCCAAGCAGCCCCUCACCAUGGAAGACCUGAUUUCCUACAGUUUCCAAGUGGCCAAAGGCAUGGAGUUUCUGUCCUCCAGAAAGUGCAUUCAUCGAGACCUGGCAGCACGAAACAUCCUUUUAUCUGAGAACAAUGUGGUGAAGAUUUGCGAUUUUGGCCUGGCCCGGGAUAUUUAUAAGAACCCCGACUAUGUGAGGAAAGGCGAUACUCGACUUCCCCUGAAAUGGAUGGCUCCUGAAUCCAUCUUUGACAAGAUCUAUAGCACCAAGAGCGACGUGUGGUCCUAUGGAGUGUUGCUAUGGGAAAUCUUCUCCUUAGGGGGUUCUCCAUACCCAGGGGUGCAGAUGGAUGAAGACUUCUGCAGCCGCCUGAAGGAAGGCAUGAGGAUGAGGGCACCAGAGUACGCAACGCCUGAGAUCUACCAAAUCAUGUUGGAUUGCUGGCACAAAGACCCCAAAGAGAGGCCCCGGUUUGCAGAACUCGUGGAGAAACUCGGUGACCUGCUUCAAGCCAACGUCCAGCAGGAUGGGAAAGACUACAUCCCGAUCAAUGCCAUACUGACGAGAAACAGUGGCUUCACCUACUCUGUCCCCACCUUCUCUGACGACUUCUUCAAGGGUGGAUUUUCAGCUCCAAAGUCUCCUUCUGGAAGCUCUGACGAUGUAAGAUACGUCAAUGCUUUCAAAUUCAUGAGCCUGGAAAGAAUCAGAACGUUUGAGGAGCUUUCGCCAAACGCCACCUCUAUGUUUGAAGAUUAUCAGCUAGACACGAGCACUCUGCUGGCCUCCCCGCUGCUGAAGCGAUUCACCUGGACUGAGACCAAGCCCAAGGCCUCCAUGAAGAUAGACUUGAGAAUAACCAGUAAAAGCAAGGAGUCGGGGCUUUCUGAUGUCCCCAGGCCCAGCUUCUGCUUCUCCAGCUGUGGCCACAUCAGGCCUGUGCAUGACGACUCUGAGCUGGGGAAGGACCCGUGCUGCGCGCCACCCCCAGACUACAACUCCGUGGUGUUGUACUCCUCCCCGCCCGCCUAACGCUCUGAGCCCGCCGCAGACCGCUACCCUGACAGUAUUAUGCAUAUAUGAGUUUACACCUAUUCCUCUCCGCAGGAGCCGGCUGCUUUCUGUGACUUAAUAGUGCUUUUUCGUUGUUUUCGUUACUGUUGUUUGGACUAACAAGAAUGUAACCCCAGAUCGUGACAAGUGAGGAACACUAGUGCUCAAUCCUCGUGUGACUCCGUGUAAGAUAAAUCCUUUGUAAGCCCAAUGACUCACCUGCUCCAGCCCCCAAAGCCUCAGGGCACCCUGGACAGGCCAUGUGCUGGCCAUGGCACCCAGCGUGGGUCCUCGUGCCCACCUUCCCUCCCUGCAGCUGGGGGGCAGGUGCUGUAGGCUCCUUUGCCCACAGCGGCAUGCACUGGCCUGCUCUAUCUCUGGAGUUCUCUGGCAGACAUUAAGACAUUCCCUGGAGGUGAGAAAGGGAGACCAGAGCCAACAAGAGACACAGGAAAAGGCCUUGGGAUCUAUCAUGUGGAGAAGGUGCAGGGGAGGGCUCCUCAGUGCCACUUUAACGAUUUCUCAUUCCUGGCCUCUGCUUUUUGGGCACCCUACCAAAAGGUGAUAGGGCAGAAUGUGUGGGAUUUUCUAGAUUCUGAGAGGCAAGGACAAAUGUUCUUGGGAACCACAGAAAAUCUUAAAUCUUUCCCUGGGAAUCUGUUUCUGUUGCCCGACACCAUCCACAGCAUGUUUAUCAUACAUCGGUAAGGUUGGCAUGUGACUCAGUUCCUCUGGUGAGACACACUGAAAUCAGAGCCAAACUUGGAGGCCUCAACUUAGCAUACUGCUCAACGGGAGCUAAGCAGUCUGGCCUAGGGGUGGUCUACCGAGAGAGUCAAAAGCCACAAAACAGUCGGUUCUAUUUCAAGUAUUAGUACAUAUAUGACACUUUUGCAUUCUCCUGUCUGAUACAGUUAGCUAUUCAAGGCAGCUAGGGAGAGUUAAGAAGACGGUUUUCUAUGGAUCCAAACCAGGAUGAAUGGACUAAAACCUAGUAAGGCAGAGUGGAUGCUUCCAUGUAUGAUAGCCAAGCCAAUCCACCCGGAGUUGGGACCUCACUGUUUUCUUUUUACUUUAUCAUGAGUUUUGUCAUCUCAAUCCAAUCUGAGAGGAGCAAAAGAGCAUUAGCUAGUGUUUAUUAAGCACUCUAUGCUCCUUGGAAGAAAAUUGAUGUGCAAUUUAUGUAAGCUAUUUCUACAACUGGGGCUCAGGAUAUUAGUCAAUGAACCAUCAAAACGAAAAAAAAAUCUUAUUUUCAUCUGUUUCAGACCUUACCUGGGGUCUAAGGAUGAUGGGGACAGGGUAGAAAUGGGGAGACAGGGUAGAAAAGGGUGCCCACUCUUUGGUGUCAAGAGAUAUGUGAGCCCUGGAUCUCUAAAAAUACUCUGUUAGAUGUUGUAUGUGCAAAUUAUGGUCUGUGUGUGUAGGACAUGUACACCUGCUGGAGCCAGACCCAGCUGGGCAGACGAUGAGUAGCUGCUUCGUGAGAGCAGACCACACUUCCUUUCUGCUUGCCACUCAAUCCUAUGGCCGCUCCCCUGGGUACCACAUCCUUAAGGUUCUCUGUCAUUUGAGAAGGGAGGCUUGGCACAAUCCCCAGUGAGACCGUUUGCAGUCACGGUGGCUCUUGGGGGAUUCACUUGCCAGGACAGAGAAGUAGGAAAAAGGGCUCUCAACCAAGAACUGGAUAAAAAGAAAUCAGACAGGGCUGGAGGAAGACAUCUUUGUCCAUCUUUGUGUGUCUGCAAAAGCUCAUGUCAGGCGGCAAGUGUCAAAGACGGGCCAUUAGACAGAGGCCACCAGAGAAAUGAGUGAUCUCGGCAUCCUAUGACUUCUCAAAUCACUUAAAUAUCCGGUCACUAAUGAAGAAAACCUUAGCCAGUCCUGUACUAUUUUGAUUUUAAUCAUCUAAUUCUUAAUCAUUAAAGAGACUUUAACAAGGUCUCUUUCCCACAAACGUAAAGAAAAUCUAUUGGGAUUCUCUGGCUCUGCUUAAGGACUUAGCGUUGGAGUCCGAAGCCCAUCAGCGAAGAGAAAGACAGUUCCAUCCAAGUUUUUAAGGCAGGAAGGAAAAUGGAAACUUGUAAUGACACACAUUGUGCCCAUCCAUCCAGACAGCAUGGGAUGUUAGGACUCUGGCGGUGGCAUGAAGACCGUUUAGCGGGCACUAAGGAAGAACGAACAUUUCUCCUAGUGUUUGAGGUCACCAGUGUACACAUUGCUGAAACCUCAGGCAAGUCUAAGUCAGCCUUAGAGACAUACUCAGGGGACAGAUCUGGUCAGAUCUUGAAAACUGUUGCAUGGGUCUUCGAGCAGUUGCUCGCUCCCCUGCCUGUAAAUCAACGCAAUGAAGGAAGAGGGCUUCUUUUGGCCGACAGUGGUAGGAACUGUACAUGUAUGUGUGUAUGUGUAUCUGUAUGUUUUGUGCAUAACUAUUUAAAGAAACUGGAAUUUUAAAGUUACUUUUAUAUGAAUCAAAAUGAUAUGCCACAGACAGAACUGAGAUAUGAUCUGGUCCCACCUUUUAGUCAUGAUGAAUGUAUUUCAUAUAUUAUCUUCAUUUAAUAAAAUCCACUUUCAAAACCAA